AUGACCCCAAACACCUGGUCGAGAUCCUGCAGCUCAAACAAACAGGCAUUUCUCCCCCUUUCCAACCUUCGCCCGCCUCCCUUCCCAUCCCCAUCCCCAUCCCCAUCCCCAUCCCCAUCCCCAUCCCCAUCCCCAUCCCCAAUCCCCUUCCCAUCCCCAUCCCCAUCCCCAUCCCCAUCCCCAUCCCCAUCCCCAUCCCCAUCCCCAUCCCCAUCCCCAUCCCCAUGCACAUCCUUCUCCCAUCCCCAUGCACAUCCUGCCCCCCCCUGUUCUUCCAUCUCACCGUGUACCUCUCUCUCACCCUCUCAUUCCCCACGCCCUCACCCUCUCACCCUCUCAUUCCCCACUCCCUCACCCUCUCACCCUCUCAUUCCCCACUCCUCCCUCACCCUCUCACCCUCUCAUUCCCCACUCCCUCACCCUCUCACCCUCUCAUUCCCCACUCCCUCACCCUCUCACCCUCUCAUUCCCCACUCCCUCACCCUCUCACCCUCUCAUUCCCCACUCCCUCACCCUCUCACCCUCUCAUUCCCCACUCCCUCACCCUCUCACCCCUCAUUCCCCACUCCCUCACCCUCUCACCCUCUCAUUCCCCACGCCCUCACCCUCUCACCUCUCAUUCCCCACUCCCUCACCCUCUCACCCCUCAUUCCCCACUCCCUCACCCUCUCACCCUCUCAUUCCCCACUCCCUCACCCUCUCACCCUCUCAUUCCCCACUCCCUCACCCUCUCACCCUCUCAUUCCCCACUCCCUCACCCUCUCACCCUCUCAUUCCCCACUCCCUCACCCUCUCACCCUCUCAUUCCCCACACUCCUCACCCUCUCACCUCUCAUUCCCCACUCCCUCACCCUCUCACCCUCUCAUUCCCCACUCCCUCACCCUCUCACCCUCUCAUUCCCCACUCCCUCACCCUCUCACCCUCUCAUUCCCCACUCCCUCACCCUCUCACCCUCUCAUUCCCCACUCCCUCACCCUCUCACCCUCUCAUUCCCCACUCCCUCACCCUCUCACCCUCUCAUUCCCCACUCCCUCACCCUCUCACCCUCUCAUUCCCCACUCCCUCACCCUCUCACCCUCUCAUUCCCCACUCCCUCACCCUCUCACCCUCUCAUUCCCCACUCCCUCACCCUCUCACCCUCUCAUUCCCCACUCCCUCACCCUCUCACCCUCUCAUUCCCCACUCCCUCACCCUCUCACCCUCUCAUUCCCCACUCCCUCACCCUCUCACCCUCUCAUUCCCCACUCCCUCACCCUCUCACCCUCUCAUCCCCCCCCCAUCACCCCAGUGCAAUCCCCCCCCGGCGCAAAAGCCAUGCGCCAUGA